AUGGAAGAAGCGAAUGACCAGGACGACGCAACAAGCACAUUCUACGCUGAUUAUUUCAUUGACUACGGCAAAUAAUUUCGUGUGCCUGAGGUUCCUUCACCUCACCGGAGUGAUAAAUGUUUGAAAGCUGCUGCUCGUUUGAACAUUUGCGUUAGAUCUUCAUCCAAACUACCACUGUCCAGAGAGGAAUGCCGGACGAAAUUAACGGUGCGGAAAGCGAAACAGAUCAUGAGGACAGUUUCUGUCGUCAACAGAUCGCGGAUGGAUUAUGAAGCAGCGAUCAUCCGAAUGGUAAUGAUAAUAGGAACAAGGAUAUCGGCAGAUUACAUCGUGUUCACAGCGUAA